CCAAAAUAAAGAAGCCCCGAGAGAAAAGAAAAAGGAAGUGUGUGGAAUCUUCAAAGAAGACCAGGAGGAAGAAUCCUUCCCUUUCUUUCUUUCUUUUUUCCCCCAGAAAGAGCGAUUCCUUUCCCUUCCCUUCUAUUUCCUCGUUUACUUUUUCUUCUUCUUUCCAUUCUGAUUAUAAUAAGAUUUGGGUUUCGUUUUCCUGUGAAACUCUCGUCUCUGGUUUGAAAGGAGAUUGAAAAAAUAUGGCUGAAGAACAUAGAUGUCAAGCACCACAGUUAUGUGCCAACAACUGUGGAUUCUUCGGAAGCCCAACGACUCAAAAUCUCUGUUCUAAAUGUUAUCGCGAUCUUCAACUUAAAGAACAACAAUCUUCCUCUGCCAAACAAGCCUUUAAUCACACUUUAGUUCCUUCGUCGUCUUCAUUGCCAUCGUCAUCAUCGGCCCGAUCUUCGUUUUCCGCAUCCUUGCCGGCGAAGGAGGAACCAUCGGCGGGAACGAAGGAAACGAAGGUGGUGGAGGAGGAGGAAGUUCAGGUUACGCCAAACAGAUGCUUGAGUUGCAAGAAACGCGUGGGGCUCACGGGGUUCAAGUGCAGGUGCGGGAUGGUUUUUUGUGGGAUCCAUAGGUACCCUGAACAACAUGCUUGUGCUUUUGAUUUCAAAGGGAUGGGAAAACAACAAAUCGCCAAAGCUAAUCCUCUUGUUAAGGGUGAGAAGCUUCAAAAAAUAUAAAUAAAAUUGACUGAAGGAAAAAAAGGGGGGGGGGGGAGGGGUUUUUUCCGAUUGUGUCUGUCAAAUUUAAGAAUCUGGGUCAUCGGAAAACUGAUGAAAUUUAGAUUGAUGAUGGGAUCUAGCCGGUCGGUGGCCGGUCAAGCAGUAGGAAGUGUUUUAGGUGGUUGUCGUUGUUGCCUAUAAAUGGUAUAUUUCACGUUUUCUUAAAUUAUAUCGUCAAUGUUGGUUUUCCAUUGAGUCGUCUGUUUGUGGUGUUACAAGGGAUUAAUCCUUUAAUUCCACAAAUUUAGAAAGAAAAAUAAGGAGAUUAAUUCUAUGUCCAGAUAAAAUGCAAAUUCUAUAAUUCGCAAUUCAAAUACACAGUGUGUUUAUUUUUCUCAA